AAAAUGAAAUGAGCCCGCGAGUGGCCGAGUAGAAGAGAAGAGAGCGCAGUGCAGUGCGUUGAUAGCAUGUGCUGUUGUGAGUGCUGCUGCAGCAGCGCGAGUAUACAGGUAUAGGUGAGCCGUAAGUAGUGCUCAGGUCGUAACUCGUAGUAGAGACGAACCGGACACGCUACUCACGAGACCGAAAGAGCGAGGAUUGAGGAACGGAGAGUGCAGACUGCAGAGAGCGAGAUAGAGCAGAAAGAGAGCUGGGCUGCAGCACUGUACCUACAUACAUACAACAUACAGUCAUCGCGCGAGAGGAAGAGGCGACAGGGCAGAAAAACAGAGAGAGAGAAGGAGAGCUGCCCUAUGAGCUGCCGACGAGUCGUCGACCUCGACCUCGUCGUCGCCGCAGCCGUAGCCGCAGCCGCAGACAAGCAGCAGCCGCGAUAACUAUAACCCCCUCGGGCCCUCGCUCGCGAGACGCGCGCGCGGCGUGCCAACCGAAAGGAAAGGACACUUGCCCGCACGGCUAUAUAUAAGUACCCACUACUUAUACACUUGCGCUUGCAUAUCGCUUGUGCUCCGCGCAAGUCGCAACAACCCCCCGGAGCAACCUGCAUUCGGGCUUUCCGCCGUAGCAGUCAGACGAGAGCAGCAUCACCGGCUCUCCUUUAUCAUCGCCAAGCCCUGUCGGCCCGGGUAGAAUGAGCAGCGAGCGAGAGGCCGCGGAGAGCAGGCUACUCACUGGCAGCACUCCGUCGUCGUCGACCGAAGCAGAGAGCACCGCUAGCAUGGGCGACGUCCUCACCAAGGAGCAACACAAGGAUGACGACGAGGCGCCGCCGCCGCCACCGACAAUCGGAGACGCGGCUGCCCAGGCACAACCCGAGCCGCCGCCCCCGCUGCCCAGCCUUGACGUGCCUGCUGCGCUCUGUCAAAGGUUCGAGGCUUCACGACUUCCUACUCCCCAGGCAGAGCAAGAGAAAAUAGCAGUGCAAGAGGAUCGCUUAUCGGAAAAGGUGGAAUCCAAUGGCAGUAAUGAUGCCAUUGAAAACAGGGAAGUCAAUGCGAGUUUGAAAAAUAAUGAGCAGAGCCAGGGUAUUGGUGCCACUGUUGACUACAGUGAUGGUGAUUUAUGUAACUGUGAAGACUGCAAGUGGAAGAAAAAAGACUUGUCAGCAAAGGAUCUACAGGAAAUGAUGAAGUUAAGGCGUCUUGGUAUGGACUUGAGGCAGUAUAUUCGUUACACGUUCAAUUGGUUCAUAGAAAGCUCUGGAUUUUCUGAAAAUUCAGUGAAGACACCACUGCCUUAUUCGCCAAAUCCUCCUCUAGACUCGGAAUCCGCAGAGAACAUUACAGAGCUUCGAGCUUCUGUAGCUUUAUUAUGUGAAAGGGUACCUUAUCAUUUAUUUAUGUGGCUGGUAGGUCAGGCACAAGAGUUUGUGAUAGGUGUAAAGGUUCAAUUGUUGACUCUUCUGUAUGAUCGCAGUAUUGAGAAUCUAGCUGAGGUUUUUCUAACAAAGCUACUUGAUGGAUAUGAGGCGUUAUUAGCAACGGCUGUACAUAUUUCUGAUUUGCUAGAGCCUUUACAAAAGGAACUUUUUAGUAAAGUAAACCUGACGUGGAGUUACAUUAAUAAGAGUUUGUAUCAAAACUACGUUUAUAGUGAUCCUUUGAUACAAAAUAACUUGCCUCCCUUUAUUGGACAGUUGAGAAAACAUUUGCCAGUAAAGGGUUCAGAGUAUCACUACCUUGUUCACCGCUACCUCGCAUUUGAUGAUGAAAUUACGAAAAUUGGAUCCCUGUGUCCUGAAAUUGAACGACUUAUUGACAAAUAUAAUGCAGAACAAGUAACUGGUUCAGUAACUGGUACAGUAAUGAAGAAACUGAGGGAAGACUUUGAUCAAAAAUUAAAGCUUGGCCAACCAACACCUAGCAUUGAUUUAAGUAGCAAAAUAGUAUUAUCAAAGGAAGUAGAUGACAGCAUUGUUGAAACUGAACAAGUUCCGGAGCAGAUUCUGGAACCAGAUUCUAGAUUUCAUGUGUGUUCUAUUUCUAAUGCUGUUGAAAUACAAAGUAUGUUCAGUGACUGGAAAAAGUCUCCUCAACAAAGGUUAGCUGAUUUGGUAGAAGCUCUAACUUUAUCAUCUCCUGUAGAAGAGGUUGAAAAAACUAUGGAGAGGAAUGCUAUUCUAGAGAAGCAAUGUUAUUCUUCUUGUUUAGACAAGACACUAAAAGAUGGCAUUAAUAAAUCUGUUUCUUGCGAGAGAUUAGCUUGCAAGUGUCAUCCUAAUAAUGUCACCGCUGAAUUAGUGCUGAAUCUUAAAGAAGAAAAGUUCCACGAACCUCAAUUGAAUCCAACAGUAAAUCACUUCAAUUUCAAACCUGAUAAUCUGAAAGGGACUCCACAAGCACCUGAAAGCAAUGAAUCCGAUGAAAUUAACGACCCUUCCAAAGAGCCGAUGAAAAAUGUUCCGAAAACUACAACUGCUCAGACGGCCCAAACACAAACUCGUCACUCCACGACGCAAACUACUAAUUCAACCCAUCCUCAUAACCAAAAUCAAUUGCAUCGUCAUCACCAUCCAGGUAGAUUGAGUCCAGGGGAGAAUGGUGAUUGUUCAGAUUCUGGAAGUAGCCAUGAAGACUGUUCAGCGACAAACAGUCCGACUCCCAGAGAUCCAAGUCGUCAUUGCGAUUGUUGUUACUGUGAGGUGUUUGGUCACGGUGUGCCGUCAGUGGCUCCAGUUAGUAGAAACUAUAACGAGAUGCGUGAAAGGCUGCGACAGAUACUGUCAAAGAAAAAAGCAAAGGUGUGCAAAGCUGCCUGUAAUCCUCAUGCAAAGAAUUCCGUUGAAGUGUCAUCGUCAUCUUCGUCAUUAUCAUCGUCUUCGUCAACAUCGUCAACAAUUACAAAUGUAGAUUCAGCGAUACUGCCUAAUCCAACGUCAAGAUCAAAUACGCCUGUUGUAAAAACCUCAAAAGCUGCUCCAGUUGUGGCUUCUAGGGUUGUAAAUAUACCUACCACAGCUGCCCCAACCGUUCCCCCGGUCAAACCAAAAGAAGAUCUUUGGAAUAUAGAAGCUGCCGUUGAGUUUAUUGAAGGUAAUCAAAGCGGCAAAAAAGACUCGAAGAAAGCCGAAAAGAAAGCAAGACAAAAACAAAAGAAGCUCGAAGAAAAGCAAAAAAAGGAAAAAGCGGAAGAAGAUAAACAAAAACUAUUAGAACUGCAAAAGAAAACGCCGGAAGUUACGAUAACAGUAGUAAAUCCGCAAAAGAAAACUCAAAAAAUAUCUUCACAACAGAAGUUGCCGGAAGUAUCGAUUCUUCCUACGUCGGGACCUCGAUCAACGUUUACGGUAACGAAAUCAACAAAUAUUGCGUCUAAGAAGAAGAGUAUUGAAACCACGAGUAACAGUACGAAAAACAUUAAUGCUAAAGCUAAAAAUACUCCGUUAACAUUAGCGUCGCUUCCUACUUCGGAAAACGCAAAGAAAAAGACUGCUAAUGUAGAAAAUGAACACAGUUGUAAUACUGCAAAAUUCAAAUCUUCCGGGAAGAUUGCUGAGCCUGCGUUUCCUAAGACAGCUGUUACUGAUUCUCCGCCCUUUCUCAGCAAUUUAACAAAGAAAGAGAGAAGGAAAUUAAGGCGGGAAAUGGAAAAACAAGAAGCACUUAAAAAAGAGAUUGAGAGUAAGCAGCCAACAACAGCUACCCCUACUUCCUCAGACAAUCAGUUACAAAUUGUCACAAUCAAACGAGUCAUGGAAUCGAACAAUGCUGAGCCUACGGUAACGAUAACUUUAAAGGGACAGACCCCAGCUGAAGAUAGAGUUUUGUUUACUCUAAUUAAUGGACAAACAAAAGAUUCAGAUGGAGAAAAGCAAACUUCUACGAGUGGUAAAAAGAAGAAGAAUAAGGCUAACAAUUCUACUAACCAGCAACAGCAAGGGCAAGGUACACACAACAAAUCACAACAAUCACAAAAUAAUAAUCUCAGUGUUAAAUCUGAAUCAGCUCAAAAGCAGGAUUCAAAAAAUGUAAAACAGCAGCAGCAACAACAAUCUGCUAAAGAUAAAUCCAAAAACGGAAAGCAGCAAGAGGAACAGAAAGUACGACAGCAAUUAAAUACUAAUGUCGAAACCAAAAGUACAAAAUCUAAAAAAGAUAAAAAAAACACCGAUAACAAAGAGAAUAUUAAACAAAUUACACAUGAAAGUCCUCCUAAACAAGGAGCUAGUGCAUCAAACAAAAAGACUAAUAAAGGAAACAAAGUGAGUACAAGUGAAUUCAUUCAAUCUACUGCACAAAAACAGCAGCAAAAACAACAGCAUCAGCAACAACAGCUUCAACAACAGCAAUCUACUGUUCAUAUAAAAAAUGCAAAAUCUAAUAAAAAUCAAAAUCAGAAUCAGAAUCAGAAGAAAACUAACAAUAAUAACCAAUCUAAUUCUGGAAAGAUGAGCAAAACUACACCUUAUUCCAAUAAUGUCAAUCAGAGUGCUGUCUCAAACAAGAUUGAUAAUCAAAAAGUUUCAAUAGUAGCUCAGAAUACAUCAAUUAAACAGAAACAGAACACUGAGACUGUGCAAAAUCAAAAGAGAGAGCAACUUGAUUCCUCGUUUAAUAGUUAUUACAGAGAAACUACAAGCAAUGUACCAUCUAGUAUUAAUAUUGAAAAUCUGAAGCUUCCACCAGGCAUUACUAUAACAAAAGUUAAUGCACCAGCAAAACCUUUGCAAUUAAAGUCGUCGAGUCCUCCGAAACCAGCUAAUACGCCAAAGCAGACUACGAUUAUUGCAGCACCAAUGAGUGGUGUUCAGUCAUCAAAUUAUGGUCCUCCACAGGGUACUGGAAAUGUUAUUGUCGUUGAUACUGGAAGGCUUAAGCAAGAUUUGAUUCCUAAGAAUAUGGAUAAAGACGCGCCGAAGGAUAUAAAUGGUCAAACGUCCUCGUCAAAAAAGAAGAAGAAAAAGAAGAAUAAGAACGGAGCUGCAGGAAACAACGAUAAAUCCAGCAGCAGCCUUCAAUCGCUACAGGGCAACAGAAUACAGGUAUCCCAGCAGCAAAACUCAGGCGACUACAUGAAUGUGGAACCGGCUCGCAUCCUUCACAAUCCGACGACGAACAUGGUGACCAUAAGAAAUCCAGCAUUCGGCCCGCCACCGCCAAAAAUGGAGCCAAGUACGCAACAGGCUGCAAUUAUCAGAGUUGCCGAAAACGGUAUGGUGACAAUUCGUAGUCCAGCGCUUCAACAAGCCAUAAACGCAGGUCUGCAGCCACCCCCUAAGCCUGAGUUCAUUGUGAAAGGCACAACAGCACCGAGCGAAAGGCCAAGCCACAACAACUUUAUUACUAACAGCAGUGAUUUGGCGGCUACCGCUAGAGGCUCAAACGGAAUGCCACUCUCAUCAGAUAUUGCUGAGCUUCGUAGGAGACUUGCUCAGCCAUCCUUUCACGAACAAGCGUCGAGCUCAUCGACACUUUUCAACAACGGCCUCUCGAGCAUUCAGAUUAGCAAAGUAACUAAUGGUCAAUCACCUAACAUUCCGGAAAAUGGUAUCAACCUGAAGGGCACUAGUGUUACAUUGACAAAAAUUAGGAAUGUUGAUCAGCAACAGCAUAUUCAAUCGCAACAUCAACAAGUUGAGGAACCAAGAGUCAAUGGAAACGCCAAGAGUCGCAAUAAGAAGAAGAAACGAGGAAACGGAGUGCGAUCUGGCGGCGAUGACUUGACUUUCCUUGAGAGCGUAUUCACGCCGAAAGACAUAGACCUCGAAGAUGGCGAGAUGGACGAUGCAGAGCGCGAGCUCGAGGCCUUCAAGCGCUUCUGCCUCCAAUCUGUUCCGCCGCCCCGCAAAGAGAAGGUCAACCUCAAUAUCAAGGAUAUCGUUCUAAAGAAGAAGUCGUCGUCCUCGAGCUCUUCAACAUCGACGUCAGCUUCCGCCGCGGCAAAGCCAGCGGCCGUCGUCGCAGCCAUAUAAAAUGAACACCACGACUAAUUUCGCCUGAUGACAUAUACAUAGACACACCUAUUCUACCACUUUAUUCGUUAUACUUUUUGUGUUUACUUGGAAGACUCCGAUUGAGUGCCUUGAUUUUCUGAAAAUGACUAAUUAGUUGUACCUCAGGAACAAUGCAAUUAGCGAGUUUUCGCUUAUCGAGACACUCCAUUUGUUAUAAUGAAAGAGUGCAUUAUUGUAAUUUUAAAAACUCUUUCCAAUCUUUUACCUACUUUCCAUUUCCCGCGCUUCUCAUCCCUCCUCCUCUCUCUUCUCUCUCUCUCUCUCUCUCUCUCUCUCUCUCGUACUUUUUGAAUGUUAACUUAUAACUGCCAUAAGCGACGAAAAGAUGCGCGUAAGUUAAAAACGAAGAAAUACUUGCGCCAAACUUUUUCUUCUGCUUUUUGUAUUUGCUAUAUUAAAUGCAAUAUCUGAUAUGUUUAUUCGUGCAAAAUGCUUAAUGAUGAUGAUAAUGUCAACGCGGAUGAUAAUAAUUAGAAAGACGAUGAUGUUGACUACGACGGUAUGGUCACGCUAUGGUUUUCAAACAUUUUAUAUAAAUCUUAAGAAUGGAGCAAACGUUUUUAUUAUCGCGACGAAAAACGUGACUUUUUUAAUCCACGGAAAUACUAUACUCUGAUAAUACGCAUAAUUAAUAUUUCCGUAUGAAAAGAGCUGUUCUUGUAUUCGGGAUUUUCAUACAAUCAUGCACUUACUUACAUUAUAAUCAUUUGUAAAAGUGACCUUUUUGUCUUAUGUAUUGGAAGACGCAAAGGCAGCAAAUGUCCCGCUGUUUAUAUUUAUUAUUUAAUAAUCUGUUAUAUUAUAAACUAAAUACACAUGACUUUCGAAUUUCUUGCGGCACGUGGAAAUCAAGAGAGCGAGUCAAGGUGCGCUAUCUGUGUAUAUAUGUAUAAUUUACAAAUUUGUCCGAUUGAGAGUGUCAUUAGAGCUUUGUUAAAAUUAUUUUUUUAGGUACUCUCGAUCGACACAUUUCGAAUAAGGUACUUUAGUUAAGUUUAUUUUCAUGUAAGAUUUCUUAUAAAAGAGUUGACAAACAUAUUCAGUCAGUUCGUAGAUAGCGCAUGAUGGUUCCCUCAUUAAAUCUUCUCGAUUGAGUGUGUAUGUAUGACGUAUGUACUAUACAUGUUGUACGUGUAAUUUACACAUGCAUGGGACUGCAAGUACAUUUAUAUAAUUUAAAAACCAUUAAGCUACAUUUAUAACAAUUCGAACAUAUUUUCAUCUUGCGAUCUUUAUGCUCUUGAAUACAUUGUUAGUUCACCUUCAAUAAAUAACAAUGAAACUUAUUACUAUAUAAUAAUGACUUAUACUAGAAUUUUCGAAAAAUACGAUCUUUGGAUCCUAUAUAUGUAUAACUAUAAGACCAGUCAAUAUGGCUUUAAAGAAGAUGAAAUCGAUUGAUAAAGUUAGAUACAUUUUGAUACUUUCUUUCUACAUAUUAGCAGCAUGUUAUAAUUUUAGAAAAAGAUUUAGAUAAUAAGAUUCACGCGACUUAAUAUUUAUUAUUACCUUGGCUUUAAAUUUCUAAAAGGUUUAACAGAAGAAGAGAGAAUAAAAAUGCGAUAUUUAAAAAAGUUAAAAAGAAGACUUGCAAUGAUGGCGAUUUGGCAUGAAAAAGAAAUAGUAUAGACUUAAGUAAUGUUAAGUUGUGUACAUAUAUACAUGACAAAUUAUUUUAAUGAGAGAGAGAGAGAGAGAGAGAGAGAGAGAGAGAGAGAGAGAGCAUAUUUACACACACACGCGCGCGCGAAAAGACACACAGUCACUCUUGAAUUUUAAAAAUAAUGUACAUUUUCGUUAGGGAAAAAGAGAUGAAUAACUUACGGACUGAAAAUGAUGUAUUGGCUUUAAAAAGAGCUUUACUACUGACGGAAAGAUAAGGAUAACUCAUUGUUGGCAUUUCAUAAUAGUUCUUAGUAAAUAAAAUUGUAUUAUAGCAUAGCUUUUCAUACAGAAAGAUACAUUUCGUGAAAAACUUAAAA